GCUGUUGGCCAAUGCGGAGCCAGGGCUGGAGCCGGAGAUCCUCCGGAGGCUCCUGCAGUGCGAUUACUCUGUCACACAGCGCAGAUGGGAGAGGAAACGGCAGAGAGACCUUCACAGUCCGGCUGAGAAAAAGGAACCGCCACAGAGCGCUCUGUACAGCUGAGAAGACAAUCGGGACUCCAUUUGCACUACGUGAUCGCACAUUUCUUCAACCUGAAGGGAUUAAUGAAAACAAAGACAGCAAGAAUAGUGCAGUUCUGACAGGGACCGGGAUGGAAAUCAGACACAGAGAGCCAGGCUGGGCAGUCACACGGCAAGUACUGUUGUUUCCCUUCUUAUUGUCUUUGUUCUGCCGGGCGGUCUCGGAGCAGAUUCGUUAUUCGAUUCCCGAGGAAAUGGCGAAAGGUUCCCUUGUGGGGAAUCUCGUCAAGGAUUUGGGGCUGAGUGUGAGAGAACUGCCCAACCGGAAGCUCCGUGUUGUCCCUGCAGCUAAAAAGCAAUACUUCAGCGUGAAUGGGGAAAGUGGCAACGUCUAUGUGAAUGACAGGCUAGACCGGGAGGAGAUAUGCGGGACAUCUCAACUCUGCGUCAUAAAUUUCGAAACUGUGCUGGAAAAUCCCUUCAAUGUUUUCCACAUAAAAGUCGGGAUCCAAGACAUUAACGAUAAUGCCCCGCGUUUUGUAAAAGAUAAUAUCAAACUAGAGAUGAUUGAAUCUACUUUACCAGGUGCCCGUUUUCUCCUGGGAAAUGCUGAAGAUCCUGACGUUGGGAUGAAUUCUUUGCAGAGUUAUCAGCUGAGCCCCAAUCAGUAUUUCAUCCUGGAAGUGAAAGAGAGCCGGGAUGGCAAUAAAUAUGUAGAUUUAGUGCUGCAGAAACCCCUAGAUCGAGAAAGCCAGCGCAGCCUUCACUUGAUUCUCACGGCUGUGGAUGGGGGAGCGCCGCAGAGAACUGGGACCGCCCGGAUAUGGAUUAAUGUCACCGACGCCAAUGACAACCCCCCCUUCUUCACUCAGGAGCUCUACAAAGUCAGCCUGAGGGAAAAUGCACCGACGGGCUCCUUAGUGCUUCAGGUUAAAGCCACCGACAACGAUGAAGGGUCAAAUGCUCAGAUCAGCUACGUCUUCAGCAACAUUCCAGAAAAGGCCCGUCAGAAAUUCAGUCUGGACGCAGAAACCGGGAAAAUUACAGUAAAGGAGCCUUUGGACUUUGAGGAGACCCGUGACUACACCCUGGCAGUAGAAGCAAAGGAUAGAGGCGGACUAGUGACACACUGCAAAGUGGAAAUCGAGGUUCUUGAUGAGAAUGACAGUGCCCCCGAAAUGACACUUACAUCCAUCUCCAAUCCAGUCCCAGAAGACUCACUGCCUGGAACAGUGAUAGCUCUGAUUAAUGUUAAGGAUCAAGAUUCUGAAGAUAAUGGAAAGGUCUCCUGCCAUUUGCAAGAUGAUUUGCCAUUUAAGAUAAUUUCUUCUUCUAAUAACUACUACAAACUCGUCACAGACAGCACCUUGGAAAGGGAAAGGACCCCGGAGUACAAUAUCACAAUCACCGCCACAGACAAAGGCUCUCCCCCUCUCUCAACCCAGAAAACCAUCCUGUUGCAGCUCUCAGAUAUUAAUGACAAUGCCCCUGUCUUUGAGAAAACUUUCUACACCGCGUAUGUGCCAGAGAACAAUCCCUCGGGGUCUUCUAUUUUCAGUGUAGAAGCCUCAGACCUGGAUCUGGACUGGAACGCCCGAGUCACUUACUCCAUCCUAAGGAGCAGCCUCCAGGAGGUGCCUCUCUCCUCCUACAUCUCCAUUAACUCCCAGACCGGAGCUAUCUAUGCGCAGCGCUCCUUCGACUACGAGCAAUUCCGGGAGUUUGAAGUGCAAGUGCAGGCCCAAGACGGUGGAUCCCCACCUCUCAGCAGCAAUGUCACCGUCAGGGUGUUUAUUCUGGAUCAGAAUGAUAACAUCCCUCGCAUCCUGUACCCUUCCCUUGGAGCCGAUGGCUCCGCCUUGUUCGAGAUGGUCCCUAGCUCCGCCGAGGCAGGUUAUCUGGUGACGAAGGUGGUGGCAGUGGAUGCUGACUCAGGACACAAUGCCUGGCUCUCCUACCAUCUGCUCCAGGCCACGGAACCGACGCUGUUCAGCAUGGGACUGCACACCGGGGAGAUCCGGACAGCCCGCGCCUUUGUGGACAGAGAUGCUGUGAAGCACAGGCUGGUCACGCUGGUGAAGGAUAAUGGGCAGCCGCCUCUGUCCGCUACAGUGACUCUCAACCUGGUGUUUGCCGAGAACUUCCAAGAGGCUCUUCCGGAAAUGAGCGAUCAGUCGGGUGACUCCGCAUCUCAGUCUGAUUUACAGUUUUACUUGGUGUUGGCUUUAACCUUGAUCUCAUUUUUAUUCCUCCUGACCGUUACACUCGUCAUUGCGGUGAAAUUGCGAAGUUCAAGGAAACCUAAAUUACUUCAGUGUUUUGGUCCUGACUCUUAUUCAGAGGCUAGCCAUAGGUUCCCACUGAGCUAUGAUGAUGGAACUUUGCCUUAUUCGUAUCAGCUGUGUUUAUCCUCGGAUUUCAAGAAGAAUCCUAAUGUCCAGAUAGCAGAGAAUAUUCUGUGCAGUGACAGCUCUGGGAUGCUAUUUCUGGGCAAUGGAAGUAACAUAUUACAGGCUGAGGAGACUGCUGGGGAGGUAGCAAACUCAGCUGUUGGGAGGAAUUCAUUUGAAGGUUUCCUAUUCAUGAGGGAUGGGAGAAGAGUAAUAAAGAGAGUCUUUUGUCCUCUGAUGUUCCACAAUAGUAGUUCUGGUGUUGAUGGGCCUUCUUUGCCAGAUCAGCGGCGUGUCCACAUCAGCAUGGGAUUGGCAGAAACUCAAAGGCGCCGGCACUGCAAAGAGGGAGCCCUGUUCUGCUUUAUGUUGAUUACCGUUUGGGAGGCAGUUUCUGGACAGACUCGCUACUCGAUUCCCGAGGAAAUGCAGAAAGGCUCCAUUGUGGGGAAUUUCGCAAAGGAUUUGGGGUUGGAUAUAAAGGAGCUCUCAGACCGCGGAGUCCGCAUUGUAUCAAAAGGUAGGACGCAAUAUUUUGCUUUAAAUGUUAAGAGCGGCCAUUUAAUCACAACGGAAAGAAUAGACAGAGAGCAGAUCUGUGGCCGGAUGGAGAAGUGUCUAUUAACUUUUGAGAUUAUUGUUGAAGAAAAAAUGAAGCUUUAUAGAGUUGAAGUUGAAAUCACAGAUAUUAAUGACAAUGCUCCUAACUUCCAGGCAGGAGAAUCGGAAGUAAAAAUCAGCGAGAUAACUGCACCGGGAUCGCGGUAUCCCCUGCAGGAGGCGCAAGACCCAGAUUUAGGGAUAAAUUCUCUCCAGAGCUACCACCUCAGCAGUAAUAGGCAUUUCUCCCUGGUCUUGCAGACCGGAUCAGAUGGAGUUAAAUAUGCAGAACUGGUGCUGGAAAAGUCUCUGGACCGCGAAGAACAAGCUGUUCAUAACCUAAUCCUCACAGCUACUGACGGGGGAAAUCCAGUCAGGUCCGGCACUGCGCAAAUCCACGUUAUUGUUCUCGAUGCUAAUGACAAUGCACCAGUUUUCAGUCAGCCCAUCUAUAAAGUUAAUGUUUUAGAAAAUAUGCCUGCGGGGUCCACGAUGGUGACAGUGACAGCGACUGAUCUGGAUGAAGGAAUACAUCAAGAGGUAAAAUACUCAAUCAGAAAGAUAGCUAAUAAAGCUUCACAGAUAUUCCACUUGGAUUCAAGGACGGGAGAAUUAUUAGUCGUGGGGAACGUGGACUUUGAAGAAGCUGCAUUAUAUGAAAUCGAGGUGCAAGCCCAUGAUGGGGGAGGCCUUUUGGACAGAUGCAAAAUUGUGAUCGUUGUUAGCGAUGUGAAUGACAACGCUCCAGAACUGACAAUCACGUCUCUCCUAAACUCGAUCCCUGAGGACUCUCCCCCCGGGACUGUGAUCGCCCUUUUAAAUGUGCAAGAUCUAGAUUCCGGAGAGAACGGGAAGGUCACGUGCUCCGUAGCCAGCAAUCUGCCCUUUCAGCUGAGGAAAUCGUUGGAUAAUUAUUAUAGUCUGGUGACAGACCGAGCCCUGGACAGGGAGCAGGUGGCAGCAUACAACAUCACAGUGACCGCCACGGACAAUGGGACUCCUCCUCUUUCUACAGCCACCACGAUCCCACUCCAGAUUUUAGACACGAAUGACAACGGUCCCCUCUUCGAUAAAACAUCCUACACCGCCUACGUCACUGAGAAUAACCCGAGAGGAGCCUCCGUUUUCUCCCUGAAAGCGAAUGACCCCGACGAAGGGGAGAACGCCAGAGUCACCUACUCUGUUACCGAGGAUCAGAUCCAGGAAGUUCCGCUCUCCUCCUCCAUCUCCAUUAACUCAGAGACUGGGGCUCUCUACGCUCUGCGCUCCUUCGAUUACGAACAGUUCCGGGAGAUUCGGUUCCAAGUGCAGGCUCAGGAUGGGGGUUCCCCACCUCUCAGCAGUAAUGUCUCCGUCACUCUCUUUCUACUGGAUCAGAAUGACAACAGCCCGCACAUCUUACACCCCUCCUUUCCCACCGAUGGCUCCACGGGAGUGGAGUUGGCCCCUCGCUCCUCCGAGCCGGGUUACCUGGUCACUAAGGUGGUGGCGGUGGAUGCAGACUCCGGGCAGAACGCCUGGCUCUCCUACCAGCUGCUGAAGGCUACAGAGCCGGGGCUCUUCUCUGUGGGACUCCACAGCGGCGAGAUCAGGACGGCGCGCUACUUUCUCGACAAAGAUGCGCUCAAGCAAAGUCUGGUGGUUUUAGUGAAGGACAAUGGGCAGCCCCCUCUCUCUUCUACGGCCACUGUCACGGUGGUGGUGGCUGACAGCAUCCCCGAAAUCCUGUCCGAUUUAAGCAGCCUCUCAACUCCUGUAGACUCCGAGUCCAGCCUCACCUUGUAUUUGGUGAUCGCUGUGGCUUCCGUUUCCUGUUUGUUCUUUACCUUUCUCAUAGUGUUAGUGGCCUUGAGGCUCCGGCGGUGGAGAAACUCGCAGCUGUUUGACUCCUCGAGUGUGACUUUCAGUGGAGUUCCCGUCUCGCAGUUUGUGGGGCUCGAUGGAGUCAGAGCUUUUCUUCACUCCUACUCACAUGAGGUUUCUCUCACCACGGACUCCAGAAAGAGCCAGUUCAACUUUCCCAAAUCGAACUAUGCAAAUACUCUGACUAGUCAGCAGACCUGUGAGAUAAAGGAUCAUAUUCUAAUUACUGAAGAGUUAGACAAUAACAGGGAUCAGACGUCCAUUCAGCAAAGUCAGCCUAACCCGGACUGGCGUUUCUCUCAGGCCCAGAGACCUGGAACCAGUGGCUCUCAGAAUGGAGAAGAAGGUGGAGCUUGGCCAAACAACCAGUUUGAUACGGAAAUGCUUCAAGCCAUGAUUCUGGCAUCAGCAAAUGAAGCAGCUGAUGGGAACUCUACACUGGGAGGAGGAGCUGGCACUAUGGGCCUCAGCACCAGGUAUGGCCCCCAGUUCACACUGCAGCACGUCCCUGACUACAGGCAGAAUGUGUACAUCCCCGGCAGCACUGCCACCCUCUCCAACUCCUCAGGUAAACGAGAUGGAAAGAGCUCAGGCUCUUCAGGUGGAAACAAGAAGAAGUCUGGGAAGAAGGAGAAGAAGUAGAAUUGACAGACCAUCAGCAGCUUAGACCUACAGGACAGACCCCUCCAGCACUCCCCCAAAUCACAGCCUAGGAUAGAGGACGAAUGUGAAUUUUGUGAUGAAAAAGCAGGAAAUACUACGAAUGUAUGUCAUCAUCAGAGCUAGGAGUAGGGGCUCCUACUAUUAGUCCUCGUGAUGAAAAAUAAUUGGAAACAAAACAAAACAAAAACCAAGUGCCCUGUUAAUACUAACGUUUUUUACCAUCACUUGGGUAAUUUAAUGUGCAAGGUUGUAAAAUCUUUUAAACAUGUCUUCGGAUUUGGUUUUCUCCAGAAUGGUCCAAGAAAGCCAUGAGGCUUGUACUUGGCUUUGCCCAGUGUAAAUAAUUGUAACAUGGAUUUUUUUUAAUUUAUAUACCUUAGAUCAUUUAAAAAAAGAAAAGUUCCCCAGAUUAAAACCCAUGUUCCAUAUUUUGAUAUUUAACUUUCCAUUAGUGAAUCUGACCCUGAAUAACCUUGAAAUGGAUUCCUAGUUACGAAGUUGGUAGGGAGUGCUUCAGUUCCUGUUUACCUAUUAUCCUAAAAGAAAUAAGUGUUUACACUGCAUGAGCCUAUGGGAAUAAGGCUAAGAUGCAUUUUAAACAUUUUUUUUUAAGUGUGACCGGUGAUGGCCUGAAAUAUGAAACAAAAAUAACGAUGUCUGAGAGACAGGGAAUGCAUUCAAACUGCAGUGGAAAAGAUCUAAGUGCAGAGCAUGCCACUAGCAUUAUUGAGCUAUACAAAACCUGUCCAUGUUGAUUUAGAAGCCACUAAAGAGCAAAUUCAUCUCCUCAAUUCCUUGCAGUAAAUAUUUAUAUGUAUAGUAAUGUUUUCCUGGAACUAAAGUUAAGAAAGUCUAAAUCCCCUGCUGUGAGAACAAGGAGCUACAGUUCCUUAAAGCAAUGAUAUAGCAAAGUCCAUACCAAGGAAUGAUAUUAUCAGAGAAUAAACUCUGAUCUAUUUGUAUGGAAUAGAGACUGAAUGUUUCACAUUUCUGCACAUUGAACUGCAUGCAAAAUACUCACCUCACAUCUACAGUAGGACAGCUAACUCCACCAGCUCUAGGGAAGUCAUCAUUGCAUGCAUGUACAGCAUGGUGUAAAUACACUGUCAGAUAAGUGAGUCUCAGUGCAGGCCAAGCAGUGUCUAUCUGGGAGUGGGGUUCAGUAAUAAGUGGCACAAUGUGUUAUAAAGAGUCAUUGCUCUGGCCUAGAGCAGUGAUAAGAUUUGCACAUUCCAUGUCUAUGCAGAGCAGCCAAGGAACAGCCUUUGUUCAUUGGCCUUCAGAACUGGAUACUCAGUAAGUGACAGUUGAUGUGAUGGGACCAAGGGACCGUACUCACAGAUAAGGGACCCAAGAACUGGAGCUGAGCACAUGCCACUCACUGCAAAGCCAGUGAGGCUGAGAGCUGCUCACAGGAAGGCCCAGGUCAGUCAGGUGACUAAGAGGUAGGAUUCUGAUACCGUGAAGGAUAUUGCUGGACCACGCACUCUUUCCAGCCCAGACUGUAACUGUACACAAGCAAUUAGAUGUGACUCAGAAUCCACUGGAUUUAGUCAGAAAUAUGGACAAGACUUUGCCUUGUUCUUGGUACCACUGGUAUUGGGAUUUUUACCAUAUUGAUAGGAUUGUCAGGAAGUAGGGUCUCUCCACUAUGUGCCCUUUGUAGCUAUGUACUCUGCUCACUGUUGGUCCAGACACAGCAAAGAGAGAGGGUGCAGUGUGCCCUUACAAUCAAGUCAGCUUGGCAUCGAGUCCCCACAAGCACCUAGUCAGUGAGGAAGGCUGUAUUGUACCCUUAAGGUCCUCUUCAGCUAGAGAAGGGGGAUGCCCUUUACACUGGGCAGGCUUCCCAUAUCAAAGUAAGUGGGAUGGACCUGGGAAGGCAAGGACAAAGAUACAGGGAUAGCGAUGCCAGGAUUGUUUUAACUUCUAAUGAAUAACUCACCUGAGAAGAUCCAGCCUUCUAUGAUCACUCAGGUUAAACUUUCUCCAAGCAGCCAUUGUGCUUGCCUGGCCUGACGCAGCCCAGCCUCCGGCAGUAUUCACCAGAGCAUUGUGCACUAACUGAUGCCUCGUUAGCCAAUUGCUAUCUCCUUGUGUCUAGAGAAACAGAACUUGUCUAUGCGAAGAACUUGUCUGUGUAUGAUUUUUGUACUGAUCCCAGUCACCCUCUGCGGUGGCUGCACUAGAAACAGUUUACACAGUUAGUAAGGCUUAUACAAACUAAUGUAGUUAUUAUGUGACCCUUCUAGAAGUACUGUAGAUGAAUUGUAGUGUUUAUAUUUCCUUUUAAUCAGCAAUCUGAGGUAGUGUAGAGAGUGUUCUGUACUAGUGGUGUGUUAUUUUUAUCUCAGUAAAUAACUUGUGGACAUCAGUAUUUUCAAUUUCUCUUUAUCUUUCUGUGUGAUCUGUGCUCUAAGUGUAUGUGAACUGAAACACACUUGUCCUUUCAAUGUGUCUAAUAUUGAAUUAUACUUAUAUAUUAUAUAAAUGCUUAUAUCCUUCUUAUAUCCAUAUAGACCAAUGUUCAAUGUGCUACACGCAAGUUUUAUACUCUAAUAUUUAUAUUGCUUUUCUUCUUUGGGAAAAAAUAAUAAAAUGGUUUCUUCUGAA